AUGAGUUCCCCAGACGACGCCUCCCCCGCCGCCGAGGAUGGGCUUCGAAAGCCCUUGCUCCACCACGGAAGCUGGUACCGCAUGGGCUCCACGCAGUUCGGAAGCAUGACCUCGUCCGCCCGCGAGUCCAUCUCCAUUUAUCUCUGCGUCUUCAUCGUCGGUUUAGGGCCCAUCCAAUUCGGUUUCACUUGUGGUUAUUCUAAUCCUACACAAGCUGAUAUUAUCAAAGAUCUUGGGCUCACCAUUUCCGAGUUCUCUCUGUUUGGAUCUUUAGCAAAUGUGGGUGCCAUGGUUGGUGCAAUAUCAAGUGGUCAGAUUUCAGAAUACAUAGGGCGAAAAGGGACUCUGAUGAUUGCUUCAGUUCCUAAUGUACUUGGGUGGUUUGCCAUUUCAUUUGCCAGUGAUGCUUCAUCUCUGUAUCUGGGAAGGUUAUUGGCGGGUUUUGGCGUCGGUAUAAUAUCUUAUGUGGUGCCUGUCUAUAUAGCAGAGAUAUCGCCUCAGAACUCUAGAGGAGUUCUUGUAUCCAUUAACCAGCUAUCAGUAACUGUUGGAAUAAUGCUCACAUAUCUAUUGGGGAUUUUUGUGCCUUGGAGAGUGCUUGCAAUUAUAGGGAUGAUACCAUGCACAAUCUUGAUACCUGGUCUCUUUUUUAUACCAGAAUCUCCACGUUGGUUGGCUCAAAGGGGGUUAGCUGAUGAUUUUGAAACAUCAUUGCAAGUUCUACGAGGCUUUAGUACUGACAUCACCUCUGAAGUGAAUGAGAUAAAGAGAUCUGUGGGGGCAACAAGUAAAAAGACUGCCAUCCAGUUUUAUGAAUUUAAAAGAAGACAGUAUUACUAUCCUUUGAUGGUAGGUAUUGGAUUACUCGUUCUCCAGCAACUAAGUGGCAUCAAUGGCAUCCUGUUCUAUUCUACUAACAUCUUUAAAUCUGCCGGAGUUUCAUCCAAUCAGGCUGCAACAUUUGGACUUGGGGCUAUUCAAGUGAUUGUCACUGUGAUAGCUACAUUGUUGAUGGAGAGGGCUGGCCGCAGGCUGCUUCUUCUUAUAUCUGCAUCAACAAUGACCGUUAGCAGCUUCGUUGUUGCAGCUGCAUUCUUUUUGAAGGAUUCCACUCCAGAACAUUUGCAUUUUCAGUUUGGAAUAAUGUCUGUGACUGGAUUACUGAUUUUUGUGAUUGGUUUUGCUAUAGGAUUGGGGGGUGUUCCGUGGAUUAUAAUGUCUGAGGUACUGCCUGUGAACAUUAAAAGUCUCGGUGGCAGUGUAGCAACGCUGUGCAAUUGGCUAACCGCAUGGGGCGUCACAAUGACUGCUAACUUGCUUAUGAGUUGGAGUGAAGGAGGAACGUUUACCAUUUAUGCUUUAGUGUCAGCUUUCACCGUGGUUUUUGUAAAACUCUGGGUUCCUGAAACUAAAGGAAAGACACUGGAAGAAAUUCAAACAUCUUUCAGAUGACGAGUUUUGCUUGAAUAUAUAUCGACUAUCAUACUGCCAGCAUUUGGUGCAAAAUUGUGAAUAUGUUCUGUUAUGUCAGGGAAGCAAGGAACUGCUUGAGAAACCUGUUGUAGACGCAAGGCCGCUCUAGGUGAACCAGGUGACCCGCCUUCUUUAUGCCUUGAAACGUCGUCUUGCUUCCUAGUUUCCUGUCAUCAUGUAAAGCUAA